UUAAAAAAGUUGAAAUUAUUGUUAAUAAUAAAGGCGCACCUUAUAUAUUGCGGAAUGAAUGCGGCUACAGUGUAUUCUUUUUAUUAUCAAGUAUUGUUUUGUUUGACAUGCAAAAUAGCGAUUUAGAAAAAAAAAUAUGCAAAAAAAAAUAAAUAACACACGGUACCUUGCUGCUCAUGGAAAGGUACGAAAGCAUAAAUGGAAACUUAAUAGCUCGUACUGUAGAAGGGAUUGAACCCAAACAGAUUGGUUUUGACAUGCAAAACAAACGCUCGCCCGUCGCUUGGUGUUUUUCCUUAUUUCCGACGCCAUUAUGGAUAAGGUGAUUCCUGGAUUGUUUAUCGGCAGUUUUAGAGACUCAAAAGAUUUUGCUCAAUUAGAAAGUAAUCAAAUAACUCAUAUAAUUUCUAUAUUGGAUGCACCAAAAAAAAUUUAUCAAGAUAAAAAAUAUUUGUGUAUUGAAGCUAUUGAUAGUCCUGAACAAAAUCUCAUACAAUAUUUUCAAACAUGCAAUGAUUUUAUACAUAAAGCUCGUCUUAAAAAUCAAAAUGUUUUAAUUCAUUGUUUGGCUGGGAUGUCUAGAAGUGUAACAAUAGCUGCUGCUUAUAUUAUGUCAGCUACUACUAUUAAAUUAAAACAUGUACUUCGACUUCUGAAAGCAUGUCGAUCAAUUUCAAGUCCAAAUGAAGGAUUUAAUAAACAACUCCAAUAUUAUGAGUGUAAUUAUUUAUUAGAAGUGGGUGUUCAUCAUAGAAAGAAAGAACAAGAUUAGCAUCUAUUAGCCAUUCUAAUAACCAACUUAUAGCAGAUGAAGAAUAUUGUAAAAGAAUCAUUGGAGAAGAACACAAAAAAUAAGAAAUUUAUUAAUUAAAAAUUUAUGAAAAAUAAAACAAUCAAUA